UAAUUAGUAGAUAAAGAAAUUACAGUAAUCGUUUUAUAGAGAUCGUCGGGCUGGUUUCAAUAACGUCUCACGUAACUUACAGUUCCUUGUAAUUUGUGUAAUUAGUGUAAUAAAAAAACGAUUAUAUCUUUAUAUUGAGUACCUAUAUCUGCAGCCGGACACAAAACACGAUGAGAUUUGAAUGUGACUCAACGGCUCUCUGAACUUUCACGCGCCUCUGCAGGUAGACAAGUUUGUUGUGUUUAUGGUAUUUGCGUGUUACAAUGACCCCGACGCAUAGAUGUGAGCUUAUGUUGACGUCUCAGCUCUCAGCAGGAAUUGCAUAACAAGAGAUCCUCCGCCUAGAAAAUCCACCGGAAAAGACGAUUUAGCGACAACAUUACAACUGAAAUAAACUGAGAAAUUAAUUCUAGACUGACUUUCCAGAAUGUCUCGGGAGCAGCUGGCUGUUCAGAAGGCCAGGGAGGCUUUCUUGACUGGAAGAUCUAAACCCCUGGAGUACAGAAUUAAACAACUUAAAAACCUAAAGCGAUUCAUUACAGAAAGAGCAACAGACAUCUCUGAGGCCCUGAGAAAAGACCUCUAUAAGAGUGAAAAUGCAACACAGAUGUUUGAGAUUAUUGGCUUGGAGGGAGAAAUCAAUCUGGCUGUCAGCAAUCUGGCUGAGUGGGCAGCUCCUCGUCCUGUGAAUAAAAAUCUUCUCACUAUCUCAGAUGAUGUGUACAUACAGCCAGAGCCUCUUGGUGUUGUUCUCAUCAUUGGGGCAUGGAACUAUCCAAUAGCAGUUACCCUGCAACCCCUUGUGGGUGCCAUUGCUGCAGGUAAUGCUGCAGUGGUGAAACCAUCAGAAGUGAGCUCUCACACAGCCAAAGUUAUGGAGCUCCUGCCUCACUAUCUGGACCCUGAGAUGUAUCAAGUGGUGACAGGAGGGGUUCCAGAGACCCAGGAGCUGCUGAAGCAGCGUUUCGACCACAUCUUCUACACUGGGAACAGCACUGUGGGGAAACUGGUUAUGGAAGCAGCUGCUCAUCAUCUCACACCAGUGACUUUAGAACUGGGUGGGAAAAGCCCUUGCUAUAUUGACAAGAACUGUGACAUCAGAAUUGCCUGCCGUCGCAUUACUUGGGGAAAGUAUAUGAACUGUGGUCAGACCUGCAUUGCACCUGAUUACAUCCUCUGUGAAUCCAGUAUCCAAGACAAAGUAAUUAAUGAGAUCCAAAAAUGCAUCCAGGAGUUUUAUACGAAUGACCCCAAGAGUUUUGCAGACUACGGACGGAUUAUUAAUCAACGGCAUUUUAAGAGGAUAAUGGCACUUAUUGAGGGAAGCUCAGUGGCAAUUGGAGGAGACGGUGAUGAAUCAGAGUGUUAUAUAGCUCCUACUGUUUUGAGGGAUGUGAAAUCAGGAUCCAAAGUGAUGCAGGAAGAAAUCUUUGGGCCAAUUUUGCCCAUCAUCACUGUCAAUGGCUUAAAAGAAGCCAUUCAGUUCAUCAAUGAACGAGAAAAGCCUCUAGCACUCUACGUUUUCUCUUCGAGUAGUAAGGUCAUUAAACAGAUGAUAUCAGAGACGUCUAGUGGAGCGCUCUUAGCCAAUGACUGUCUGGUGCAUUUUACCAUAAGUGAUUUGCCUUUUGGUGGGGUUGGGAAUAGUGGAACUGGUCGUUACCAUGGCAAGUAUGGUUUCGAUCAGCUGAGUCACCUUCGCAGCUGUCUUAUUAAGAAGCUGAACAUGGAGGGAGUGAAUCAGAUGCGCUACCCACCGCAUACAACUGAGAAGUUACGUUGGGCCCGUGUUUUUCUCUUAAAGCAAGUAAAUCUGACUCGGUGGCGUCAGAUGGCGCAGGUUGCUUUGCUUGCUGCACUGGCGGCCUUUGUGGUGAAGAGGUUUUUGCGAUGACAAGCGGAGGACAACCUGAAGAACCCAUCAUUUUAGAGGGCUCUUGAUGUGUAUUUUUUUUUCCUUGCAUAUUACAGAUGUUAAUGUAUAUCCAGCACUCACAAUUUAGACAAAAGAGUGUCUCACAAUAUUGAGAAAUCAGAUGAUAUAGAUUCAUGUCUUCAUUUUUACUUGGACUUCUGUUAACAAGGAAUAAGCAAUAUAAAACACUGAUACAACUAUUGUUAAUGUUUUAUAAUAGCUCUGAUUACAGUAAUUGGUCAUUAGCAAACAUUAUGUAAUGAAGUAAAAACAUAAAUGAGAGUUCUGUGCCACUUCUGAAUUAUUUACAUUUUUAUUAAUGAAAGUUAGAAUAUAUUGUCCUACGUUCUCCUAUAGUAGGGUCUUGUCUAUCAUAUUGAAUAAACGCCAUUGCCUGUGUUACAGACA